UUCAUUGUUUUUUCGGCGCUGUUUUUAUCGUGUAGGUUGUAAAUAAUUAAAAUAAAUAAUCAUUGCGUUACGCAGUGCUUACGUAAUAUCUUAUCAUUCACAUUGAAAUUCAUUUCGGCUUCAACUCUAGUACAAAGUGGUCGUACGCGAAAAUGUCAACAGCCGGUAAAGUAAUCAGGUGCAAGGCCGCAGUAGCAUGGGAGGCCGGAAAACCACUAUCAAUUGAAGAGAUCGAAGUGGACCCACCCAAAGCGGGCGAAGUCCGUGUAAAGAUUCUCGCUACCGGCGUUUGCCACACCGACGCUUACACGUUAUCCGGAAAGGACCCCGAGGGCGUAUUCCCGGUCGUCCUCGGUCACGAAGGAGGCGGCAUCGUCGAGAGCGUCGGAGAAGGUGUAACAACCGUGAAGCCAGGUGACCACGUCCUACCCCUUUAUGUGCCGCAAUGCAACACAUGCAAAUUCUGCCUCAGCCCAAAAACUAACCUGUGCCAAAAAGUCCGUGUCACCCAAGGUCAGGGAGUCAUGCCCGACGGUACGAGGAGAUUCCGUUGCAAGGGUCAGGAACUGUACCACUUCAUGGGAUGUUCGACUUUCAGUGAAUACACAGUUGUUCUAGAAAUUUCUCUGUGCAAAGUCGCCGAUGCCGCUCCCCUGGACAAGAUCUGCUUGCUCGGCUGCGGCGUCACCACCGGCUACGGAGCCGCGCUAAAUACUGCCAAGGUGGAGUCCGGCUCAAACUGUGCUGUAUUCGGCCUUGGAGCUGUCGGUCUUGCAGUAGGUUUGGGUUGCAAAGUUGCAGGUGCUAAACGCAUCAUCGGUAUCGAUAUCAAUCCCGAUAAGUUUGAAGUUGCUAAGAGCUUUGGAUUCACCGAGUUUGUUAACCCCAAGGACUACGACAAACCAAUCCAGCAGGUUCUGGUUGACAUGACCGAUGGAGGACUGGACUACACCUUCGAGUGCAUCGGUAAUGUGAACAUCAUGAGGUCUGCCCUUGAAGCCUGCCACAAAGGAUGGGGAGUGUCUGUUGUUAUCGGAGUGGCCGGUGCAGGCGAGGAAAUUAGCACUAGGCCCUUCCAGCUGGUGACUGGCAGAGUUUGGAAGGGAACAGCCUUUGGUGGUUACAAGAGCAGAGAUAGUGUACCCAAGCUAGUGGAAGACUACCUCAGCAACAAACUGCCUUUGGACCAGUUUGUCACCCACAAAGUACCUCUUAAGGAUAUCAACGAAGCCUUCCAUUUGAUGCACAUUGGCAAGGCCAUCCGUGCCGUUGUUGACCUGUAAACAUUUUCUAAGCAUUUAUUUUUGUUAACAAGUGUUACUAGCUUUUGUAAUAAAUACUAUUUGUGGUAAUAACUUG